AUGGAACUCGAAACAUUGGUUUCAUGGUUACUUCUCUCUGCAAGUCUCCUUUGGUUCUUACUGUUAGCCACAAAAACACAAUCCAAAUCCCUAAAACCACCCUCCUCUGCCACCAACACCACCAUUCCCAAAUCUUAUCCCAUAUUCGGUUCCGUCUUUUCUUUUGCAGCCAAUUUUCACCGCCGCGUUCAAUGGAUCUCCGACAUCCUUCAGACCACCCCUUCCUCAACCUUCAUCCUCCACCGCACCUUCGGCUCCCGCCAAGUCUUCACAGCAAACCCUUUGGUAGUCCAACACGUUCUCAAAACCAACUUCCCUUGCUAUCGCAAAGGUCUCACACUUAACCGUUCCGUCGGUGAUUUCCUCGGUAACGGCAUCUUCAACGCGGACGGUGAAACCUGGAAGGUCCAACGACAAAUCUCCAGCCAUGAAUUCAACGCUAAAUCACUUCGCAAAUUUGUUAAAACAGUAGUUGAAGUAGAACUCUCCGACCGCCUUCUCCCUAUUCUCUCUAAAGCUUCUAAAACUCAUACUAUCCUCCCUGAUUUUCAAGAUAUCCUUCAGCGUUUUACUUUCGAUAACAUCUGCAUAAUCGCGUUUGGAUUCGAUCCGGAGUAUCUCCUCCCUUCUCUACCCGAUACCGCUUUUGCAAAAGCCUUCGAUGAUGGCACGCGAAUCACCAGUUUGAGAUUCAACGCUCCGGUUCCAUUGAUAUGGAAGGUGAAGAAAAUCCUAAACAUUGGAACUGAGCGCAGGUUGAAAGAAGCAGUAGCUGAAGUAAGAGGACUCGCUACAAGAAUAGUUAAGGAAAAGAAAAAAGAGCUUUUAGAAAAAUCAGCUUUGGAAUCAGUUGAUCUUUUAUCGCGAUUUUUAAGCUCUGGACAUUCAGAUGAAUCAUUUGUUAUUGAUAUUGUAAUAAGCUUUAUUCUUGCUGGAAGAGAUACAACUUCAGCAGCACUCACGUGGUUCUUUUGGUUACUCUCUAAACAUAGUCACGUCGAGAAUGAGAUUCUCAAAGAAAUUACUGCAAAAUCGGAAUCGGUUAGUUAUGAUGAGGUGAAGGAUAUGGUUUAUACUCACGCGGCACUAUGUGAGAGUAUGAGGUUGUAUCCUCCUGUUCCGGUGGAUACUAAAGAAGCAGCUUACGACGAUGUUUUACCAGACGGGACUUCAGUGAAGAAAGGGUGGAGAGUGGCAUAUCAUGUAUAUGCUAUGGGAAGGUCUGAGAAAAUAUGGGGACCCGAUUGGGCUGAGUUUCGACCGGAGAGGUGGUUGCGUCGGGAUGAGGAUGGGACGUGGAGCUUUGUUGGAAUGGAUCCUUAUAGUUAUCCGGUUUUUCAGGCGGGACCAAGGGUGUGUUUAGGGAAAGAAAUGGCGUUCUUGCAAAUGAAGAGGGUGGUUGCGGGGGUUAUGAAGGAGUUUAGGGUGGUUCCGGCGAUGGAAAAAGGGGUUGAGCCGGAGUACACUGCACACCUUACCUCGUUAAUGAAAGGUGGUUUCCCUGUGAGGAUUGAAAAGCGUAGUCACACUGGUGGAUAA